AUGGAGGCCUUUCAGCUCAACGAGACGAUAUCCCUGAAGACAAACAACCAUACUUACACAAUUCGAUAUCGCAUUCUUGGAAAGCCGGGAGGUUACCCCCUUAUCUUCGUCCACGGCACGCCAUGGUCGUCGAAAGUGUGGGCUCCGUACGCACAAGCCUUUUCCUCGACCUUCCGAGUCUACCUGUUCGACAAUCCGGGAUAUGGUGAAUCUCCUGGCGGCACGCCGACAUCAGACUCUGAAAGCGAACCGAAUGUCUCCCUGGCUAGCCAAGCAGAGGCCUUUGCUGCCCUCGUCGAAGCAUGGAAACUGACCGAGCCGCCCCAUGUCGUAGUGCAUGACUUUGGUGGUAUCAUAUCACUCAGGGCAUAUCUUUGUCAUGGUAUUCAGUAUGCGAGCUUGUGCAUGGUCGAUCCACUGGCAGUUAGCCCCUUUGGGUCCCCUCUUUUUCGUCUGAUAGCCACAAACGCGACGAUAUUCAACAACCUCCCGAGUCACUUGGCCGAGGCGUUGGUCCGUUCUUACAUCCGCGAAGCAGCCUUCGAACCAUUGAGCCAAUCGAUUGAAGAUAUGCUAGUUAAGCCAUGGACAGUCGAUGGUCUUCAAGGAAUGACGGGUUACACCCGGCAGGUGAGGCAAGCAGAUGGCCGAGACAUCGAGGAGGUAGAACAGCGGUAUCACGAAGUGGGCAGGGCAAUACCUGUCAAGAUCAUCUGGGGAGAAGAAGAUGUUUGGAUUCCCGUGAACGUGGCCCAGGAACUUGCACAGAUGAUUGGAACCGACGAGGUGGUCAUUGUUAAGAACGCCGGGCAUCUGAUCCAUUACGAUCAGCCCGUACGGCUGGCCGUGGAGCUCAGUACGUGGCUUGAGAAGGUCAAAAAGGAUAGAUAA